CAUCAACUGUUAUUUUAACCGCAAGCAAAAUAUUUUUUCUAUUUUUGAUUUCCUGAAUAUUCCCUGCUUACAAAAAACCAUUGUAGUUAUCUCCGAAAAUGGAGCUGUGGAGUGUCGUCUGAGGUUGCUGAUUUCCCUUUUUUCUCUGUAAAUUUCCAUUUUCUUUUGCCUUCGCGUUCUCUGAGUCAAAACAGAGACAAAGUGGUACCUGUUGCUGUUUCAUCUCUGCCUGCCAAACUGUUCUUCCAUGUGCUUUUUCUUCUUCUUCGCGUCGGAAAACAGUGUUGUGUUUGUUUCUUUGUUUUGGCACAUUUUGUGGAGCUAGAUUGUAAUAAUUUUAAACGCAUGCGUGGUGAACAAAUCGCUGCGUCUGUUAUUUUAGAUUCAGUUACGUUCUCAAUCUGGCGUCCGCAUGAUCUUGGUUAUUUUCUCGUGUUUUCUAGGGAACCAAACAUGGAUUUUUACUCUCUCUCUUUUUUUUUUGUUUUCGUGUAUUUUGUUUUGCUUUUCUACCGUUUUUGUCAGGACUGAAACUCGUUUCUUUAUUAAGCUUGCGAAGGGGAGUUCAAAUUAAAAGCCACAGUGAGAUUUGCACAGUCAAAUCCAUCAACAAGAAACCUUUGAUUUGAUUGCCGUUGUUUGGACGCAGAGAAAAGAAAAUCAACGACUUCGUUUUUUAGCUCUUGUAUAUUCGAUCCAAAAGUCACACAGCUCAUUUUCAUCUUGCUACUUCUGAGCUUAUCUUUGGGUUGUUAUUCGAAUGGGUUCUGGGAAUUGGAUCUGUUAACGCGAGGAAGCUUCCUAGGAGAUAAGGAUAUAGUUGGGUGAAAUGAGUCGAGAACAGAAGCGAGGGAAGCAGGAGAAAGGCAGCAAGGAUGGUGUGGAGCAGGUAGUGGUUGCAGUUAAGGCAUCAAAGGAAAUUCCCAAGACUGCUUUGGUGUGGGCUUUGACUCAUGUUGUUCAACCUGGAUGUUGCAUUACAUUGCUUGUUGUCGUCCCCUCACAUGGCAGAAAAUUAUGGGUGUUUCCAAGAUUUGCUGGGGACUGUGCCAGUGGUCACCGAAAGUCUUAUUCAGGAUCAAGUUCAGAGCAGAAGUCUGAUAUUACAGAUUCAUGCUCCCAAAUGAUCCUUCAGCUGCAUGAGGUUUACGAUCCAAAUAAGAUAAAUGUCAAGAUAAAAAUUGUCUCUGGAUCACCAUGUGGGUCGGUAGCAGCGGAGGCCAAGCGUGCCCAAGCUAGUUGGGUUGUAUUAGACAAGAAGCUUAAGCAUGAGGAAAAAUGCUGCAUGGAGGAGCUGCAAUGCAAUAUAGUGGUUAUGAAACAUUCCCAAGCAAAAGUUCUGCGCCUAAAUUUGAUUGGAUCUCCUAAGAAGGUAGCUGAAGCUGCCUGUGAACCAAAUUCUGUGGGGGAUGAGGCAUCAAAAAAGGAUGUAAAACAAAAAAAAGGAUCAGAUUCCAUAAGAGGUCCUGUUGUGACUCCAACUAGUAGUCCAGAGCUAGGGACACCAUUUACUGCUACUGAAGGAGGAAAUUCUUCAGUCUCAAGCUCAGAUCCUGGAACUUCACCUUUUCUCAUCUCAGAAGUGAAUGGAGACACAAAGAGAGAGGAACCAUCAGUCAUUAAGGAAAACCAGAAUCUUGAAGAAACUAGUUCUGAAACAGAGAGUGAGAAUUUAUCUUUAACUUCAGCAAGUUUGAGGUUCCAACCAUGGAUAGCAGAAUAUCUUACUUCUCAUCAUCAAUCCCCACUUAACAUUGAAGAGAGUUCCGGCAGACAUGGUGAUAAGGCUCUAGUGUCAACAACAAGAGUUUUACUUGAGAAGUUCUCAAAAUUUGAUAGAGAAGCUGGAAUUGGAAUGUCAAGCAGGUCUGAUCUGGAAUUUAGUGGAAAUGUGAGAGAGGCAAUUUCACUAUCCAGCAAUGCUCCUCUUGGCCCUCCACCAUUGUGUUCAAUAUGCCAACAUAAGGCACCUGUAUUUGGAAAACCUCCCAGGUGGUUCAGCUAUGCAGAGUUGGAACUUGCUACUGGUGGAUUUUCACAAGCUAAUUUCUUGGCCGAGGGUGGGUUUGGAUCUGUGCACAGGGGAGUGCUACCAGAUGGCCAGGCAAUUGCUGUCAAGCAACACAAAUUAGCUAGUUCACAGGGAGAUCUUGAGUUUUGCUCUGAAGUAGAAGUUUUGAGUUGUGCUCAGCACAGAAAUGUUGUUAUGCUGAUUGGAUUCUGUAUUGAGGACAGAAGGCGGCUGCUGGUUUAUGAGUAUAUAUGCAAUGGUUCCUUAGAUUCUCACCUAUAUGGGCAUCAUCAGGAACCCUUAGAAUGGUCUGCGCGACAAAAAAUUGCUGUAGGAGCUGCUAGAGGCCUGAGAUAUCUUCAUGAAGAAUGCAGAGUUGGCUGUAUUGUACACCGUGACAUGCGACCGAACAACAUCCUCCUCACCCAUGAUUUUGAACCUUUGGUUGGAGAUUUUGGCCUGGCAAGAUGGCAGCCUGAUGGUGAUACUGGUGUGGAUACAAGAGUAAUUGGAACAUUUGGGUAUUUGGCACCAGAAUAUGCCCAAAGUGGACAAAUCACAGAAAAAGCUGAUGUCUAUUCCUUUGGAGUGGUGUUGGUUGAGCUUGUAACUGGACGAAAAGCAGUUGAUCUCAACAGGCCGAAGGGCCAGCAAUGUUUAACUGAAUGGGCUCGUCCCCUUUUGGAAGAAUAUGCCAUAGAUGAAUUGAUGGAUCCAAGGUUAGGGGGUUGCUAUUCAGAACAGGAGGUCUAUUGUGUGCUUCAUGCAGCAUCAUUAUGCAUUCGGAGGGAUCCACAUUCUAGGCCUCGCAUGUCACAGGUGCUACGAAUAUUGGAAGGUGACAUGAUUGUAGACACAAAUUACACGUCAACCCCGGGAUGUGAUGUUGGAAGCUGCAGUAACCGGAUGUGGGCAUCACAACAGCAGCAGCAGCAGCAACAACAACAUUAUAGUGGACCUUUGUUGAACGAGGCAAUGGAAGGGUUUAGUGGAAAACUCUCUCUGGACACGCUAAGGUCAGUGUUUUGGGAAAGGGACAAGGCCAGGAGGUCUUCAUGUGCGAAUGAUUUGUAAAGAAGCACACUUAAGUAACUACCUAGCACACCCACAGUAUGCCAGCAGCCAGCUACGUAUUUUGGUACUCCCUUUUUGAAGUUUUCUUUUGUUAAUUUACCAAUGCCAUCCCCACCCUCGAUAUUUGCUUCUUUGUAUAGAGUAGUAGUAACUGGAAAGGCGAGAGGGAUUCUAGGGUUUUGUAAUUCUUUCAGAAAUGACCAUAAUUCAAAGCUAUGGUGAAUAUAGUUCCCUCUAUCCUAUGUCAAUGUGAGGAGCAAUUUUUUUUUUUGCAGAUGGUGACAGUACAAUCCUUUUUAAUCUUUUGAUUGAUAGAGCAGGCAAAUAUGUAUGGCAAUUUUCAUUGGGAGGGCAAUGACUUUGCAUCUUGAUUUUGGCAACAGAUAGGGAUAAGAGAGAUCUGAGAUUUGUCUCACCUCAAGAAGACAAAAAGUGGGCAGAAAAUUUACAGUAGGCAGCAGUGAAAUCUGAGAUAUCAUUAUUCCCAGCUGUAAUUUAUCUAAAUUGUCAAGCCUUUUUCCCACUGAAAAACACUCUUUAACGGGAUUAGUUAAAUGUUUUCUCAUGAUAGCCUGUAUGGAGUGAUUCAGAAGAAAGGUUAAAAGCAAUGGUGAAUAUUAAAUGUGGGUAAAAGUGGGUUAGGAGUUUAGAUGGGGUUUGGCAAGUUUGAAGCUGAAGACAAUUCAUUGCUUAUUCAAGUUUAAGAGGGAAAAAAUUGGCUGUACAGUUGUCUCGAUACUGCUCCCUUCCCUGGCACUAGAUCGCAAACAUCCAACGUGGGUCCUGAAAGUGAAAUCUCUCUUAAGAGAGCUGUGAAGGAAGGAAGGAACUGGCGGUGAGAUGGUAAUAAUUGUGUUUUGUUAUUAAGCAAUAGAUGGAGUUUGCUAUU